AUGGCGAAGAAAGAGACUGUACGUUUGAGAAGCUCUAGAGGCAAAAUAUACGAGAUUGAUGAAGUGGUCGCAUCCCAAUCCAAGUUGAUAGCGAAUUAUUGUGAAGGAGGCGAUAUUCUGAUUGAAGACGUCGAAGACGAGAUUCUAGAUUUAGUGAUCGAUUACUGGAAGAACCAUGCCCGCGCUUCCUCCGAAAUGGAUUUGAAGAGGUUGGACGACCGCUUCUUACAUUAUAACCGGACAGACCUUUACCCUGUCCUUAUGGCUGCAGAUUACCUUAUCAUCAACAGUUUGCUUGAUCUCUGCUUCCAAACCAUCGCAGAUUCAAUCACGGCCUGCCAAUCACCGAGACAGAUUCGCUAG